UUGUCAUUCUUCUCAUAGAGUGUUGCUUUCUUGACUACUCCAUCCAUCCUUUACUCGCAAAGAUGGCCAACUCCGGUCCUUCGACCGAGAUGAUCGGUCAGCUAUCAAAACUCUUCAGUGAUACGCUCAAUCCUGCAGCUCGUCAACAAGCAGAGGCAACAUUAACCUCACUUGAACGACAGCCUGAUCAGCAUUUCGCUUUACUCUUGAUCAACUUAAUCUCUUCAUAUUCCGAUCAACCUAUACCUGUUCGAUUGGCUGCAUCGAUCAAGCUAAAGAAUGUCUGUCGUCAAGCUUGGUCUGAUGAUGAACAGCUGGAAUUGGAGAAUAAUCAACAAUUAUCCAUAUACCAAUUAGUACCACAAUCUGAUCGUCAACAGCUUCGUUCAUCUUUACUUCCACUCUUGCUGCAACUAUCUCAGCCUAACGCAUUGGCAGCAAAUCCGAUUGGUUUACGAUUACAGUUGAGUGAAUGUAUCUCACUCAUUGCAGAUAAGGACUUCCCGGAACGAUGGCCGACACUGAUAGACGAACUUGUGGCAGGCAUGCAAGGCCAGUCGCCUGAUUCAGUAGCACUGCAAGCUGUUCUACAAUCAGCACAUAGCAUCUUUCGUAAAUGGAGAGCAGCUUUCCGAUCCGAUUCUUUGUACACAGAAAUCAAUCUAGUCUUGGAAAGAUUCGCACAGCCUUUCUUGGAGCUGCUCAAAGUGACAGACGAAGCUUUGUCACAAACUUCUCCACCUCCUUCUACAUCUUCAACGCUUCUACUCCUUCUACAGAUCUUCCACGAUCUAUCAGCUCAAGACUUGCCACCCCUGUUCGAAGACAAUCUCCAAUCCGUCUUUGGUCUCAUGCUUAAAUAUCUCAACCCAAAAGCUCAACCGAAUGGGAUUUAUGUACGCAAUCCGGCUUUGGCAAAUAUGAUGGAGGGUGACCCUGACGAAGCAUCUCCUCAAGAUGGACAGAAGAUUCGAGCAGAGAUCUGCAGUAUUGGAGAGCUGUAUGCCCAGCGAUACUUGGACGUCACCGAACCUUUUGUUCCUGAUUUGGUGAAAUCAGUCUGGGAAAUGUUAGGGGGCUGUGGACAAGGCGAAAAAGAGGACGUGAUGGUGUCUAGAGCAAUGGCGCUUCUUUCAACAAUUGUGCGCAUGCCAUCCCAAAGAGCCGCUUUUGCUAGUGAUGAGACUCUAAAUGCGUUUGUGGAGGCGAUCAUCUUACCAAACAUCUCUUUACGAGAACAAGAUGAAGAGAUGUUCGAAGAUGAGCCUUUGGAAUGGAUUAGAAGAGACUUUGCAAUGGAGACGCUUGAUGCAGAUACACGAAGAAGAGCAGCAUCCUCUUUCUCUCGUGCGCUAUUGGAUCAAUUUGCUGAUCAAAUCACAUCAAUUAUCUCCAGAUACAUCACGCAAUACCUACAAAAGUAUGCAGAGGACCCAGUAAAGAACUGGAGAAUGAAAGAUACAGCUGUUUAUCUCUUGACAAGUAUCGCAAGUACAAGUAGUACAGCUGCUGGAGGUGUUUCUUCGACUAAUUCCCUGGUCAACGUCGUCCAAUUCUUCUCGGAUAACGUAUUUGUGGAUCUCCAAGCUGACACGAACUCUGUCCACCCAAUUUUGCAAGUUGAUGCGAUCAAGUAUCUUCAAACUUUCAGAAAUCAAUUGACCAAAGAACAGCUACUUUCAGUCCUUCCACUUCUUGUUCGUCAUUUGGAAUCGCAAAGCUAUGUGACAUCAUCGUAUGCAGCAAUUGCCAUUGAGCGAAUUCUCUUCCUCAAGUCUCCGCAAUCCCGAACGACGCCACUUUUCACACCAGAUGACGUACAACCGUUUGCCGAAGCAAUCUUGAUGGCGUUGUUCCGAAACAUUCAAAGUGGAUCCACUCCUGAAAAGGUUGCCGAGAAUGAUUACUUGAUGCGUUGCGUGAUGCGUCUUAUCGUCACAGCAAGAGAGCGAAUGGUGGAUGCUCGCGGACCUGUUUUGUCGCAUCUCACAGCAAUUCUAUCGGAAAUUCUCAAGAAUCCAAGUAAUCCCAAAUUCAGUCAAUACUGCUUCGAGAGUAUUUCAGCAUUGAUUCGAUUUGUCACUGCUGCAAAUGCAUCUACUAUCUCGGACUUUGAGCAGUCACUUUCGACACCUUUCAUGGCCAUCUUGCAAAAUGAUGUGUCAGAGUUCGUUCCAUUUGUGUUCCAGAUCCUAUCGCAAAUGCUUGAAAUUCGACCUGGAGGUGAUGUUCCGCCAUCGUACACUUCUUUGUUGCCUUCGCUAUUGACACCGGCUUUAUGGCAAGCAAGAAGCAACAUUCCUGCUUUGGUUCGACUACUUCAGGCAUUCUUGUCAAAAGGAAGUGCACAACUGGAUGAUUCGGCAUUGCAAAGUCUUUUGGGUAUUUACCAACAAUUGAUUGCAAGCAGAGUAAAUGACGAAUAUGGAUUCGAGCUCUUGUUGAGCAUUUUCACGCAUGUUGACAAAAGUAGAUUAACGUCUUACAGAACGCCCGUCCUAACGUUGAUGUUGACAAGAUUGCAAAACAGCCGAACAGAGAAAUUCUCUCGUGCUUUCGUUCAUUUUGUCGCUUCUAUGUGCUGCAUUCAAGAUAAUGGCUUCCCAGACUAUGUCGUCGAUGCAUUUGAUGGCGUACAGCCAGGUUUGUUUGGUCAAAUAUUACAAGGUGUCAUGUUGCCCGAUUUACCAAAAGCGUUACCUAGACAAAAGCGAACGGUGGUAACAGGGUUCUCGCGCUUGUUGAUUGAAGGCAAAAGGAUGUUAGAACAACCCGGUUUGACGACUGCGUUCCCUGCCGUUCUCUCGGCAAUUUUACGAAUGACUGAAGAUGCUUCAUUGGCAACGGCUUUAUCUGCCCGAGAUGCACAAGCAGAAGCAGAUGAAGUUUUCUUGCAGGAUUGGGAAGAACAAGGUGGUGCAGGCGGUGCAGGAUUUCAAGGAUCCUUUGCUGUUUUGCGUAGUUCAACAACAGCUUCAGCAGCAGCAAAGAAUGACCUUGCUUCAAGUAUUUUGCAAGGAAGAGAUAUUCGACAAUAUUUGGGUAACGGAUUAAAAGCAUUAAAUGCACAACAACCUCAAAAGGUUUCUUCAGCUCUUUCUCAAAUACCAUCAAAUCUUCUUCAACCCUUACAGCAAUACAUGGCAUAGCCUUUUUUUGUUCAGUCGAUCAUUGAAUAAAAUUACACUGUUUCUUGUA